GAAACUGUUUCCUUUUGUGACUUAUGUAAAGUGAAGUACAAUUAUAUUUUUAAUGUAUGUAAUAUUGUACUAAAUAUGAUCCGUGUGGUAAUGCAACUGACAGAAGAAACAAAACGGAACAAAAUUUAAACAUGGCGUGUAUGUCGAAGGGUGAUUGGUAUUCUCCAGUGCAGUUUUGGCGCAGUGGACCUUCUCCAGGAAGUUUGUACAGUUUUCCAGGUGUUUUGACUGCUGAAAACACACGUUUUUCCCAGAGAUCACAAGCACCAAUUACGACUGGAACAUCCGUACUUGGAAUAGCAUUUGAUGGAGGGGUUGCAAUCGCUGCAGAUGUUCUUUGCUCAUAUGGGUCUCUGGCAAGAUUUCGAGACUGCCCUCGAGUAAUGCAUGUGAAUGACAAUAUAAUUCUUGGGGCUGGUGGAGAUUACGCAGAUUACCAGUAUCUGAAAGAUGUUAUUGAGCAGAAAAUCCUUGAAGAAGAAUGCCUAAAUGAUGGUUUCUCACUAAAGCCAAAAGCUUUGCAUUGCUGGCUAACUAGGGUUAUGUAUAAUCGCCGCUCCAAAUUGGAUCCAUUUUGGAAUAGUUUCAUUGUUGGUGGUUUGCAGGAUAAUGAGCCGUUUCUAGGGACAGUAGAUAAACUUGGAACAGCAUAUGUAGACCACCACAUCGCUACAGGCUAUGGGGCAUAUAUGGCAUUACCACUCAUGAGGGAAGCAGUGGAGAAGAAUCCCAACAUGACGCAGAAGGAAGCUCAGAAGUUACUUAUCAAGUGCCUUCAAGUUCUGUACUACCGUGAUGCUCGUUCAUAUCCCAAGUUUCAAAUUGCAACACUGACAAAAGAAGGUGUGACUGUGGAGGGUCCACUGACACUAGACCAAAACUGGGAAGUCGCCCACAUGGUGAGGGAUGGCGUAUGAAGAUGACCCAGAUUAUGAGCUGAGUUCAGUGUCUCAUUCCAAGUAUCAUUGUAUGCAUCUUGAAUAAAAUAAAAGCCCUGUUGUUUCAACUA